UGAGACAGGGGAGUAUAAUCUACCCCAGGGAGGGUCCGUGAACCUCUGGAAAUAUUAGUACAUUCUCCCAGACCCUACUUGGAUGCAAGAGCAAGCUUUUGGCUAUCUAUUCCUCUCAGAAUUGGGGAAGGGGGGGCAGCUGCAAGGUAGAGUGAGGCUUCUCUGGCUCUCCUGAUGUUGAUGGCAAUUAGUGGUGGGGACGAUGGGCAUUAGAGGGAAUCAGAAGACCUAAAUAGCUCUCUUUCAGCAUCAGCCAAGUUUUGUAUCUUCUCUGAGCCUCAGAUUCCUCAUCUGAAAAAGAGGAGAUUGGACUAGACGAGCGCUAAGUCUGUGUUGGCUGCAGCUGAUUGCAACUAUGUGAAGAGCCAAGAUCUGUCAGGGGAAUGAUUCAUGGUUUGCCCUGAUGUAGCAGAGUAUAGUGUGAAAUAGCAGGAACUCUUCUCCAGGCCCUCACCAGCACAUGACCCUAAAGUCUCCACCUGUUUUCAUAUCUUGGCUUACUUUUCCCCCAGCUUGCCACUAAUUCCCUCUUCUUUAUUCUCUGCUUCCUCAAAAUCUGUUUGUAUCCCUCCUUAGAGAAAUUCUACUCUCCCAUGGCAGGGAGAGUGUCUCACAGUUUUCUGGUUCACGCACUCAUGUCUUAUCUUCCCAACUGUCUAUAACCUUCUUGAAGUUUACAUCUAAGUUUUGUACUAUUUUUCUUGAGCUCCUUCUACCCUGCUUCUUCUUCUUCUACCCACGUCCUACCAUAUCUUUCACAGAGCUGGACUCAAUUACAGUUUUUAAAGCACCAACUAUGGUUUGCAUACAUUACCUCAUUUUGUUCUCAUAACAUUACCCUAAGGAAGAUAUUAUUUCCCUCAUGAUAACAUCCGACUCAUAGCUCUUUUGUCAAUCCAGUGAAACGUAAACUAUUUAGUGCCAUGUUUGGUAUGUAGUGAAUGAUCAAUAAGUAGCAGCUACUGCUAUUAUUGUUACUACACUGAUGAAAACAUUGAGGUUUGGAAAGGCCAAAUCAUGAGCUCCUAUUGCACAGUUAUGGACUGAGUUUGAAUUCAGAUUCUUUUGAUUCCAAAUCCAGUGACUUUAUUUCUGUUCUAGCCCUCCUGGGUAUAUGUUGGAUCGACCUUCCCCACUCUGUGCAAGGUAGUAUGACCAUGAAUCCUUGCUUUGGUAAGAGGUGACAUUUGUCACACUCUGCUGCCCCCGUGAAGCAUGGACAUUCAGUUCUCAGAAUCAAAGGAGAAAGCAUUAGUGAUGGGCUCACUGUAGGGCUCAAGUAACAUGAACACUGAUGUCUGUGUGUUUAUUGUUUCAGGAAGCUUUUCCAUCUCCUCAUCAAUGGCAGUCUCUCCUGUCAUUAUCAUCACGGGGCACACAUCAAACCAUUCACAGCUCUGGUUCUCCACAGUUUACAAAGCACUUUGUCAGCCAUGUACUGUCUCUUCGCUCUGCCCAAGCCUCCUGCAAAGCGUGUGCUUCUCCCUGCACAGUGCCGCUGGGUGCUGCUGCCUGGCCAGAUGGGGAGCUCUGGACCAGCAAGCCAGGUUAGUAAGUAACUUAUGGGACAUGAGGAGCAAAGUCUGUAUUCAGACCCAGACCUUCCUGGGCUCUGCGGCCCCAGUCUUCGUCCUCAAGAGCCAUAUGUCCAACACCAUGAAGGGCUUCCUCUUCGCUGGUAUCAUUGUCAUGCUCACGGUUGCAGCUGUAGAAUCCUUGAGUUGUGUGCAGUGUAAUUCGUUGACAGACUCCUGUGUUGACAGAAAUGCCACUGAGUGUCCCACAAAUGCCAGUAUCAGCUGUACCACUUUCUUGGUGAACUUUUCUCUAGGAGAAAACAUCACAUUGUACGAGUAUAAGGCCUGUUCUGUGUAUAAUUGCAGCGAGGACAUGGUUGAGACCUUCACAGUCCACAUAUCUGCUAAUGAAAGCUUUCAUUUUGCAAGCCAGUGUUGCCAAGGAAAGGCGUGCAAUGACAUCAAUGACACCAAAGAUCCCCCACAGGAAGAGGUGUCCAGCAACACAGACUGCCUUGCAUGUUAUGGAUCUAAUGAAACUUCCUGUAAUGAGACAAUCUGGAAAUGUUAUAAAGAAGAAAGAUGUGUCCAUCUAAUCGUAGAAUUUAAGAAUGAGAUGAAGCUCGUGCUGCUGAAAGGCUGCUCCAAUGCCAACAACUCCACCUGUGAGUUCCUGGUUACUGAAAAUUGGACGGUUGGAGGAGUCACUUUCCUAAAGUUUGAGUGUGGAGACAGCUCCGAUGCCUCCUCAACACCCACUCCCGCUACCCUGAGCACCACCCCUGACACUGGCUCUAAAGUCUUCUUCACACCCUUGACCCUUGCCAGCCUUCUCCUGCUGGGCUUCCUGCUCUGAGAUCUGCACCCUCAAACCCUCCCCUCCCCU